CUAUAUUUCACUCUCCCCAAGAAAGCAGCCAUCGCAUUCGAAAAGCGAUCGGGUUCUCCUGAGAGCAGAGGGAGAAACAAGGAGCGAUUCAAGCGGUCAAGGCGAAGCUAAAACCAGGCCAGAGCGUCUGCCAAGAGGGAUUACAGGGGGCAGCUGGUGAGGGACGUUUUAUAUCAAUAACGCAAGGGCGCUUCGGGUCAUCAACUACAAGCACAAAGUCGGCCCUUUUCUCAACUUUGAAACCAGCCAAACCAGUUUCACCACGGCUUUUGAAAACCAGCGACCCCUUUUGUGUCCUUUCCACGUCACUUCACACGACUGACCUUCACAGCAAAACUGGAGGACGUUUCAUUUCCCUCGGGCAGCUCAGUGAUGAGUGCUGAAUCAGUUAGCUGCACAGUGAAGUCUCCUGUGGCUCUGCAGACUGGAGAUGCAGUAUCUGAUUCCUCUCGUCCCGGUGUCUACAUUACAGACAUCACCCUCGCCGAGCCUGUGAAUAUUCAGGAAAUCUCCUUCAGGAACUUCUACACGGCGUAUCUGACGGUGCGUCUGCAGAGGAGGCACGGCGGGUCUGCGUCAAAGUGGGUCACAUGUCUGAAAAACUACUGCCUUAUGGGCAACCCACACGCUGAGGCUGGGUCACAUGACUAUUUCUCCAUCUAUAGACAACAGAUGUCGACGGAGCCUGAUAAUGUGACGACAGUAAGACUCAUCUUGCGACAGCCUUCCUCUGAGUGGCUCAGUUUCAGCAUCGAGGAGAUUAACAUUUAUCCUUGCACAAAAGAGGACUCUGAACGUGAUGUUCCUGCCUGGUUGUCCACUCUUACGCCUGUAGAUGAACCUCUUGAUCUUAAAGGUCUUCCUGAUCCAGAAACAGUUUCCUCCAGCAUUCAGCAGAUGUGGGCUCUCACUGAGAUCAUGCAGGCCAGCCAAACCGCAGCUUCAAUCGGACGCUUCGAUGUUGAAGGAUCUUAUGAUGUCAAAUUACUGUCGUACACAUAAUGGGCCUCAUAAUCGGACCGAACUUUGACUUGUAGUUCAUUCAGAAUUUAAAGGGAUUGCUUCAUUCAGUAUUUAUAAUUGGUGAAUGGUGCCCGAGAUUUUGAAGCUCCUAAAAGCACAUCCAUACAACUCCACUGAGUUCAUGUAGGAAGCUGAAAACCAUAAAUAAUAGUUUUAAGUAAGGAAUAAUUAACGAUGGGCCAUUGAAUUAUUCAAAAUGUUUAUAAUGGAAGUGAAUGGUGUCCGAGUUUUUGAAGCUCCAAAAAGCACAUCCAUCUAUGAUAAAAGUAAUCCGUUCAACUCAAUUGAGUUCAUGUAGGAAGCAGGAAAUCAAUAAUAGUUUUAAGUAAGGAAUAAUUGAUGAUGAGCCUUUGAAUUAUUUUAAAAGUUUAUAAUGGAAGUGAAUGGUGCCCGAGUUUUUGAAGCUCCAAAAAAGCACAUCCAUCUAUAAUAAAAGCAAUCCGUUCAACUCAAUUGAGUUCAUGUAGGAAGCAGGAAAUUGAUAAUAGUUUUAAGUAAGGAAUAAUUGAUGAUGAGGCUUUGAAUUAUUCUAAAAGUUUAUAAUGGAAGUGAAUGGUGCCCGAGUUUUUGUAGCUCCAAAAAAGCACAUCCAUCUAUAAUAAGAAAUCCAAAGAACUCCAUUGGAUUAAGAAGCUGGAAAUCGAUAAUAGUUUUAUGGAAGGAAUAAUUGAUGAUGAGGCUUUGAACUAUUCUAAAAGUUUAUAAUGGAAGUGAAUGGUGCCCGAGUUUUUGUAGCUCCAAAAACACAUCCAUCUAUAAUAAAAGUAAUCCAGUCAACUCAAUUGAGUUCAUGUAAGAAGCUGGAAAUAAAUAAUAAUUUUAAGUAAGGAAUAAUUGAUGAGAAGCCUUUGAAUUCUAAAAGUUUAUAAUGGAAGUGAAUGGUGCCCGAGUUUUUAAAGCUCCAAAAACACUUCAAUCUAUAAUAAAAGCAAUCCAUACAACAUCACUGAGUUCAUGAAGGAAGCAGGAAACUAUAAAUAAUAAUUGUAAGGAAUAAUUGAUGAAGGGCCAUUCGGAAAAUGUGUAAACGUACUCCACUUCAUGUCGUGGCCACAUCACCACCCCGAGGUCUAAUAAUUCAGUUUAAGUGCAGUUUAAAAAAGGCUUUCAGCACAAGUUCAAGAGCUUGUACCGUCUAAAAUAUUAAGAAUGUGAAUGUAUUUAUUUGCUCAUUUGUGUCGUCACAUUCAAUAAAAAACAUAUUUCAUGCAUAGA